UCUUUGUACGUCUUCGUGUUAAAUAGAAAACAAGCUGCCAGAAACUCGGUUCAGAAAAUAUUACUCACGACUUAAUCGAUCGAGUGUGUGACGUUUUUUUUAUUGUUUUUCAACAGUGCAGGCAAAGAAGCGAAACUUUAGGCAGUGUUUAAAUCGUAAGAAACAACAUUUAAUAUUCAAGAAUAACCAGAGUGCCCUGUGCUGAUUCCUGCUCCUUGCUCGCGUGCCAUGCGUGACCUCGGCACCAAAAUGGCCGAGCUAAAAUUUGAGGCUCCCCUGGCAAAGUUCGAGGAGACAGAUGAGUGGGGCGGCUGUGACUUCAUCUCUAACCAGAACGCCCUCAAUGACACGCUUAACCUGAACCUGAAGGAGGUCAGUGUGGGCAGAAAGCCAGGUGUCGCAAAGCUUCGCCUGCUUGAAGAUGCGGUUCGUGAUGCGCACAUCAGCAAGAACGGAGGAGGAGGCGGCAGUAGCGGCGGUAGUAUCAGUCCCAAUUGCAAUUCCUUGCCAAGCGGAUCCGUCACGGAUCUGGGCGUCUCCGAAGUGGGCCUGGUGCUGGGCGACGGAGAGGGGCUAGAAAAACCGUCUGCGGCCCACGGGGAUCAUGUGGACAACUUCACAGAGACGUUCGGGGGCAGUCUGGAGGAUCUGGUCAACACGUUCGAUGACAAGAUAACUAAGUGCUUCGGAAAUUAUGAGGAAAACGUCGAGGAGUUGGCCCCGGUCCAGGUGCGCAGCCAGGAGGAGAUCAUGAAUGAAUGCCAAAUGUGGUGGACCAUCACGGGAAAUUUUGGAAACAUUCUGCCCAUCGACUGGUCCAAGUCGUAUACCCGUCAGAUGCACAUGCCCACACUCAACCUGGGCCAAAGCCACACAAAGCAGCAGCAUCAGCGCAAUCAGCACCAGCUCCAGAAACACCAGCACUCGUAUCCACACACUCCAGGCGGGGACGAGUUUAACGAUCUGGCCAGCGAGGAUGAGGCGGUAGCCAACGACUUAGACAUGCACGCGCUAAUCCUGAACGGACUGAACGGGGAUCUCGACGACCAGCCCAUUAAAACGGUCGAAGAGGUCAUAAAGGAGAUUGACGACAUCAUGGAUGAGGCGGAGAGUCCUUUGGAUGAGCCCGACACCUGCGAGUCGGAGGUCAUAGAAAAGGCGCGCGAAGUGCUCGGGGCUCCCCUCUAUGCAGAAAAGCUGCAAUAUCUGACCACUACACAGUUGAACGAGCUGUACAUGGAGAUGGAGGUGCUGAUUCAGGAAUUAAGUGAGACUCUUAUCAACGAGCUGGCGCUGCGUGACGAGCUCGAGUACGAGAAGGAGCUAAAGAACUCAUUCAUUUCCCUGCUGCUCGCCGUCCAAAACAAGCGUCGACAAUACCACGUGGAGAAGAAGCGUGGAAAGUUCCAGGGUCCCGAGCCCAAAUACUUGACCACUGUUAUUCCGUAUCACCUAGAGAACGGUACGCCCAACAAUCAGUCCCUGCAGGUCCUGAUCAAGAUACUCAAGGCCAUAAAUGAGGACAGCCCGACGGUGCCGGCUCUUCUCACGGACUACAUACUAAAGGUGCUCUGCCCAACAUAAGCGAUGUAACUGCUAAGGAACCCAAUCUAUCGCUCUAUCUCUCUGUCUGUGUUUACAUGUACAUCUACAUACAUAUAUACAUGCAUACAUGCAUAUAUAAAUUAUCAUUUAAUGAUUAGUUUGUAUUCUAAACUAUUAUUUCAAUUGUUUUAAUUGCAAUGCGUUUCUGAAAACACUUUCUCAGCCACUGAAAAUGCUUAAGAAGAUAAAUUAUGAGAUUUCCAUAUAUAGAUCAAAUAUGUAAAAAAAAAAACAUGUAACACAUAUAUGUAUGUAUACAUGCAUAGAAGUAAAUAUCUUAUUAAAUA